AUUAUGUAUUAUUAAAAAGCUAUAGCUAGACAUAUUGGCUUAUCUGAUUUACUGUGUGUGUGUGUGUGUGUGUUAAUGUGUGCCCUGUGAUAGACUGGCAUCCCAUCUUGUCUAUACCCCUGACUUGUGCCCUUCACAGCCUCCGGGUGAACCCUGCGACCUUGUGCUGCAUUAGUGAUUGCAAGAUUGAUCGAUUUUAUUUGAAGCACCGUGUUCAGUAACAUUCUCCUGAGUUCAGGGCAAACACUGCAGCAACUAAGCUGGGAGCAUCUGCAUCCCCAGUAAGCCGUGUGCUGGAUGUGGACACGGACUCAGGGCAGGAACGCAGCCAAGCAUUUUUAUACGGCUGAAAAAGGAAGGACUUGUUCACCGGCGAGCUCUACCACCGCGGCCUUGAAUGACUCCUCGAACCCGAGCCUGAGACACCCUGCGGGUGAAGCUACCUGCACUCUGCAGGAAAUAAUCUGCAGCCGGUUUCCUUUUUAGACUGAUAGUAUUUAAGACUCGGUUACUUUAAGAGGUCUUUGGCCUUCACUGUAACAAACCUAAGUGUUUCCGAAGUGCUCAAACAAAUAAAAGGCCUAUUGUACUAGAUAUUAAACCUGUAAAAAAUAUUGGAUGAUUGACAAAGUGCAGCGAUGAAUUCCAGACCAGUCAUGAAAAAUUUGAUCUGCUAAAAUGGUAAAAGAUGUAUUUGUGGCAAUCAUUUGCAGUUAAAAAUCUGUGUUGUAUUCUGAAGAAACCUGAUUCCUAGAAUAAUCGUCAAGUUUAAAGGAAAAGUAUUCAUUUUUCUCUGGGUUCUCCUGGCGAACUCGCAUGGAGAUGGGCAGCCGAAGCAGUCAGUGCCGUAGCGCGAGCAUGUCGUCUGCGCCUGUGCUUGGGGAAGUUACCUCCUAUUCGCAACACAUGCCUCUUCAAGUGGUGAACCACAUACUUAACCACAACCACUCUGCUGUGCUUUGUGAACAGCACAUAUAGGACCAAUGUCCGCGGUGACGGAUAUGCGUAGGACUGGAGUGCGGUUUGACUGACACCUAGGGCUGGAGAGCGUCUUGACUGAUGUCAUGAAUUAGAGUGUGAUUUAUAACUGAUGUCUAGGAUUGAGUACACAUUGAAUGAUGCAAGACUGGAUUGCACUAUGGCUGACAUCUAGAAUUGGAGAGCGCCUUGAAUGAGGUGGAGAAUUGGAGAGCGCCUUGAAUGAGGUGGAGGAUUGGAGAGCGCCUUGAAUGAGGUGGAGGAUUGGAGAGCGCCUUGAAUGAGGUGGAGGAUUGGAGAGCGCCUUGAAUGAGGUGGAGGAUUGGAGAGCGCCUUGAAUGAGGUGGAGGAUUGGAGAGCGCCUUGAAUGAGGUGGAGGAUUGGAGAGCGCCUUGAAUGAGGUUGAGGAUUGGAGAGCGCCUUGAAUGAGGUUGAGGAUUGGAGAGCGCCUUGAAUGAGGUGGAGGAUUGGAGAGCGCCUUGAAUGAGGUUGAGGAUUGGAGAGCGCCUUGAAUGAGGUGGAGGAUUGGAGAGCGCCUUGAAUGAGGUGGAGGAUUGGAGAGCGCCUUGAAUGAGGUGGAGGAUUGGAGAGCGCCUUGAAUGAGGUGGAGGAUUGGAGAGCGCCUUGAAUGAGGUGGAGGAUUGGAGAGCGCCUUGAAUGAGGUGGAGGAUUGGAGAGCGCCUUGAAUGAGGUGGAGGAUUGGAGAGCGCCUUGAAUGAGGUGGAGGAUUGGAGAGCGCCUUGAAUGAGGUUGAGGAUUGGAGAGCGCCUUGAAUGAGGUGGAGGAUUGGAGAGCGCCUUGAAUGAGGUGGAGGAUUGGAGAGUGCCUUGAAUGAUCUGGACGAUUGGAGUGUGUAGGACUAAAGUGCGUUACGCCCAACGUAUAUGGUCCACAUGCCUUGCUGACACUCUUUUCUGUUCCCUGGCAGAUGUUGACGAGUGUGCUACCAUCGCUGGGCUGUGCAGUGGGGGCCAGUGUUCGAACACAGCAGGCAGUUUCUUAUGCAAGUGUCCCCAGGGCUACUUCACGGCUCUGGACGGCUCCCGAUGCAUUGACAUCCACCCAGGAUACUGCUUCACCAGCUUGCUGAAUGGCCGCUGCAGCAGCAGAAGCUCCCUUCUCAUGUCCCGGAUGCAGUGCUGCUGCGACGGGGGGCGCUGCUGGGCGGACGGCUCCACGCCGGAGUUGUGUCCCAUCACUGGGACAGAGGAGCACCAGAGGCUGUGCACUCAGGUCCCCAUCCCUGGCCCCGGCAUCCCCAUCGGCCCCGGCAUCCCCAUCGGCCCCGGCAUCCCCAUCGGCCCCGGCAUCCCCAUCGGUCCCGGCAUCCCCAUCGGCCCUGGCAUCCCGCCCGGCCCUGGGGAAGCAGCUGGCCCAGGGACCCCAUUCGGCCCUGGUGGGCCGUUCGGACCAGGGGUAGGGCCUGGAGGUCCGGGCGACCCCAGCAGGCCUUUCUUACCAGGCACCUUGACGAUUCCUGACCCGGGGACUGGUCCAGGUUACAUGGGCCCUCCCAUCAUCCAGUCCCAGAACAUCACAAACAUAUGCCAGGCGUACCGCAACCUGUGCCUGAAUGGCCGCUGCGUUCCCACGCCAGGCAGCUACUACUGUGAAUGUAACAGAGGCUUCUACCUGGACGUGCGCGGCGAGUGCAUCGACACGGAUGAGUGUCAACAUAGCCCAUGUGUGCAUGGCCAGUGUGUCAACACAGCCGGCUCCUACUUUUGCGAGUGUCCUCCGGGCUUCCAAAGUACAGCCACGCGGACGGAGUGCAGAGAUCUGGACGAGUGUGUGGCGAAUGGGCGCAUCUGCAACAACGGCCGCUGUGUCAACACCGACGGCAGCUUCCACUGCGUCUGCAACGCCGGCUUCGACCUCACCUCGGAUGGAAAGAACUGCCAAGACCAGGAUGAGUGCCUGAUCAGAAACAUGUGCCUGAAUGGCAUGUGCAUCAACGAGGAUGGCAGCUUCAAAUGCGUCUGCAAGCCCGGCUUCGUCCUGAACCCAACCGGACGCUUCUGCACAGACAUUGACGAAUGCGAGGUCCCUGGGAUGUGCAUGAACGGCCACUGCGUCAACACCGAGGGCUCCUUCCGCUGCGAGUGUAUGGCCGGCCUGGCCGUGGGCCUGGACGGGCGCGUCUGUGUGGACACGCACAUGCGCAGCACCUGCUAUGGCGGCUACAAGCGCGGCCAAUGUGUGGCGCCCUUCCCCGGUGCUGUCACCAAGUCCGAAUGCUGCUGCUCCAACCUGGAGUACGCCUUUGGGGAGCCCUGCCAGCCGUGCCCCGCCCAGAAUUCAGCUGAGUUCCUGGCCCUGUGCAGUCACGGGAUUGGCAGCACCAGUGAUGGAAGAGAUAUAAAUGAGUGCGCUCUGGACCCAGACAUCUGUCAGAAUGGUGUCUGCGAGAACAUGCUGAGGACCUACAAGUGUAACUGCAAUGUGGGAUAUGAGGUGGAUUCCACGGGCAAAAACUGCGUUGACAUCGAUGAGUGUGCAGUGAACCGGCUCCUGUGCGACAAUGGGAUCUGCAGGAACACGCCCGGAAGCUUCUCCUGCCAGUGCCCGAAGGGUUUCUACUUCCACGCACUGACUGACGUGUGUGAAGAUGUGGAUGAGUGUGAGUCCAACCCCUGUGUGGGCGCGGAGUGUAAGAAUACAGUGGGGUCCUUCACCUGCCAGUGUUCCCCUGGCAGCAUCCUGGACAGCUCUGGAACCCAGUGUGUGGAGACCAUCAAGGGCACAUGUUGGUUGAAGAUGAUCGACAACCGCUGCGAGAUCAACAUCAACGGAGGCAUACUGAAGUCGCAAUGCUGCGCCACGCUGGGGGCCGCCUGGGGCAGUCCCUGCAUCCGCUGUGAGCCAGAUCGGUUAUGCCCUAAGGGAUUUGCCCGCAUUAGGGGGAAAGAGUGUGAAGAUGUGAAUGAGUGUGAGGUGUUUCCUGGAGUUUGCAUCAACGGAAAGUGUGUAAACACCCUGGGCUCUUUUAUUUGCCAGUGCCCCAGCGGAAUGACACUGGACGACUCUGGUAGAACAUGCAUCGAUCUCCGCACUGAGCAAUGCUAUCUGACCCACGAGGACGAGCGCUGUGGCGCCCCCAUCCCAGGCCGGCAUCGUGUCGACACCUGUUGCUGCUCGGUGGGCGUGGCCUGGGGCCCUGAGUGCGACGAGUGUCCGGAGAGGGGCAGCUCUGAAUUCAGCCUGCUCUGCCCCCGCGGCUUUGGCUUCUCCCACAGGGGCGACUUCGUCAACGGCAAGCCCUUCCUGAAAGACAUCAACGAGUGCAAGAUGAUCCACAGCCUGUGCGCCAACGGGAAGUGCAGGAACACAGUCGGCAGCUUCAAGUGCAAGUGUAAUAAUGGCUUCGCCUUGGACUCCCAUGAAAGGAACUGCACGGAUAUCGACGAGUGCCGCAUCUCGCCGGAUUUGUGUGGCCAGGGCACGUGCGUCAACACGCCGGGCGACUUUGAGUGUCAGUGUUUCGAGGGGUAUGAGAGUGGCUUCAUGAUGAUGAAGAACUGCAUGGAUAUCGACGAGUGUGAGCGCAACCCGUUGCUGUGCCGAGGCGGCCUGUGCAUUAACACGGAAGGCAGCUUCCGCUGUGUCUGCCCCCCAGGUCAUGAGGUCGCGCCCGAUGGAUCUGCCUGCCUGGACAUCAAUGAGUGUGAGCUGAGUGACAAGCUGUGCAAGAACGGGCAGUGUGUCAACAUGGUGGGUGGCUACCAGUGCUCCUGCGACACGGGGUAUCAGUCCACCGAGGACCGGCUCUCCUGCGUCGAUAUUGACGAGUGCACCAUCCAGAAUGGAGGCUGCGAGAGCUUCUGCACCAACUCCGAGGGCAGUUACGAAUGCAGCUGUCGCCACGGUUACGCGCUGAUGCCCGACCAGAGGAGCUGCACGGAUAUCGACGAGUGUGAGGACAACCCAAACAUCUGUGAAGGGGGCCAGUGCACAAACCAUCCCGGGCAUUACCAGUGUCUGUGCUUUGACGGCUUCAUGUCCUCCGAAAAUAUGAAGAUGUGUCUUGAUGUGGAUGAGUGUGUCCUCAACCCGAACAUCUGCUUGAGCGGGAACUGUGAGAACACGAAGGGCUCCUUCAUCUGCCACUGCGAACUGGGAUUCUCUGUCAGGAAGGGCAGCACUGGCUGUACAGACAUCAACGAGUGUGAGAUUGGAGCACACAACUGUGACCAUCAUGCCUCCUGCACCAACACCGCCGGCAGCUUCAAGUGCAGCUGCAGCCCAGGAUGGAUUGGCAAUGGAGUCCGGUGUACAGACCUUGACGAGUGCUCCAACGGGACACACAUGUGCAGCAACAACGCUGAGUGCAUGAACACCAUGGGCUCCUAUCGCUGUGUGUGCAAGGAGGGCUUCUCUGGGGAUGGCUUCUUCUGUUCAGAUAGCGACGAAUGUGCUGAGAACCUCAACCUCUGUGAGAAUGGCCACUGCCUGAACGUCCAAGGUGGCUACCGCUGCGAGUGUGACAUGGGCUUUGUGCCGACGCUGGACAGCAAAGCCUGCGAAGACAUAGACGAGUGCUCCUUCUCAGAAAUCUGCGUUAAUGGAAGGUGCCAGAACACGCCAGGCCUCUUCCAGUGCCAGUGCUACUUGGGCUAUGAAUUAGACCGCACUGGAGGCAACUGCACCGACAUCAAUGAGUGCUUGGACCCCAUGAGGUGUAUCAGUGGAAUCUGCGUGAACACCCUUGGCAGUUAUAUCUGCAACUGUCCCCCGGACUUCGAGCUCAAUCCAACGGGAGUCGGCUGCGUGGACCGUCGAUCUGGGAACUGCUACCUGGAAAUGCGAUCCCGAGGUGAUGCAUCCGAAAGCCUGGACUGCUCCAAUGAGAUUGGCGUGGGUGUGUCCAAGGCUUCGUGUUGCUGCUCCUUGGGCCAAGCCUGGGGAACCCCGUGUGAGGCCUGUCCUCCCCUCAAUUCCUCGGAGUACAAAACCCUGUGCCCGGGAGGCGAGGGCUUUCGUCCCAACCCCGUCACAGUCAUCCUGGAAGAUAUCAACGAGUGCGAGGAGCUGGUGGGCCUGUGCCAGGGUGGCCAAUGCCUCAACACCUUCGGCAGCUUCCAGUGCGAGUGUCCAAGAGGCUUCGAGCUCAACGAGGAGACCAGGAUCUGCGAAGAUGUUGAUGAGUGUGAGAAACCUGGCAUCUGUGGACCUGGCCAGUGCUACAAUACCAUUGGGAACUACACCUGCAUCUGCCCCUCUGACUACAUGCAGGUCAACGGAGGCAACAACUGCAUGGACAUGCGAAAGAGCCUGUGCUACAGGAACUACCACUCAGACAACAGCUCCUGCGAUGGCGAACUCACCUUCAACAUGACCAAGAAGAUGUGCUGCUGCUCCUACAACAUCGGCCGUGCCUGGAACAAACCGUGCGAGCAGUGCCCUGUGCCCAGCACCAAUGAGUUUGCGGUCUUGUGCGGCAGCGAGAGACCUGGGUAUUACAUUGACAUUUACACCGGCCAGGUCAUAGACAUCGACGAGUGCCGGGAGAUCCCGGGCGUGUGCGAGAACGGCGUGUGCAUCAACAUGAUCGGCAGCUUCCGCUGCGAGUGUCCUAUGGGCUUUGUCUACAACGACAAGCUGCUCGUCUGCGAAGACAUUGACGAGUGCCAGAACGGCCCAGUGUGCCAGGAGAACGCCCGCUGCCAGAACAUCGCUGGAAGCUACCGCUGCGACUGCAAGCCAGGCUACCGCUUCAUCUCCUCGGGCCGGUGCAUCGACCGUAACGAGUGUGCUGAGAACCCCAACAUCUGCAACCCCGGGCAGUGCAUUGACUUGGAGGGGAGUUACCGCUGCACCUGUCCCAAUGGCUACAAGACCACGCCGGACUCCUCCAUGUGCAUCGACGUGGACGAGUGCGAGAGGCAACCGUGUGGAAAUGGGACGUGUAAGAACACUGUGGGGUCGUACAACUGCGUGUGCAACCCCGGGUUUCAGCUGUCACACAACAAGGACUGUGUGGAUGUCGACGAGUGCCAGAGGGGCGUGUGCAGGAACGGCGAUUGCCUCAACACCGUGGGCUCAUUCUUGUGUUCGUGCCAAAGCGGCUUCGAGCUCACUGCAGACCAGAGGAACUGCGUGGAUGUGAACGAGUGCUCUCUGAGACCCAACACGUGCGCUCCAGGAACAUGCCAGAAUCUGGAAGGCACCUUCAGGUGCAUCUGCCCACCAGGCUACUACGUGCAGAAUGAGGAGUGUUCAGAUAUUGAUGAGUGCACGCAGAGUCCCGACAUCUGCCUGUUCGGCACCUGCACCAACACUGAGGGCAGCUUCCGGUGCACGUGUCCCAACGGCUUCCAGCUCACCUCCCUGGGGACCAGGUGUGUGGAUGUCCGCGUGAAUUACUGCUACACCAAGUUCGAGAACGGCCGCUGCCAGGCCCCGCAGCCACACAACACCACCAAAGCAGAGUGCUGCUGCAGCAAAAUGCCCGGCCAGGGCUGGGGCAGCCCCUGUGAAAUCUGCCCCGCCAAGGAAGAUGAGAGCUAUAGGCAGCUCUGCCCCGCAUCCGGACAAGUCAUGAAGUUGGACGGCAGCCUCGUAGACAUCGACGAGUGCUUGACCCCCGGAAUCUGCAGGAACGGGGAAUGCAUAAACACGGAUGGCGCGUAUCGCUGCGAGUGCCCCUUCGGCUUCCAGCUGGACCCCUCGCGCACGAGGUGCGAAGACGCUGAUGAGUGUGAACUGGGCAAUCCUUGCGGCAAUGGGACCUGCACCAACGUCAUCGGGGCUUUUGAGUGCGCCUGCGAUGAGGGAUUCGAGCCCGGGCCGAUGAUGUCAUGUGAAGAUGUGAACGAGUGUGCCCAGAACCCUCUGCUGUGCGCCUUCCGCUGCGUCAACACUGUGGGCUCCUAUGAGUGCAAGUGCCCUGCAGGCUACGUGCUGCGAGAGGACCGGAGGAUGUGUAAAGACCAAAACGAGUGUGAGGACGGCAUUCACGACUGUGAGAGCAAAGGAAUGGCCUGCAAAAACCUCAUUGGGACCUACAUGUGCAUCUGCCCAGAAGGCUACACCAGACAGCCCGAUGGAGAAGGAUGCAUGGAUAUGAACGAGUGCUCGGCCAGACCAGGCAUCUGCGUGAAUGGGCGCUGUGAGAACUCCGUGGGCAGCUACCGCUGCAGGUGCGACCAGGGCUUCGUUCCCAACCCCAGUCACACAGAAUGCAUUGACAACAGGGAAGGCUUCUGUUUCACAGAAGCUCUGCAGACGCUCUGCCAGAUGACCUCCACCAACCGUGCCCAAGUCACCAAGUCGGAGUGCUGCUGCACUGGGGGGCGGGGCUGGGGCCCCAACUGUGACCUGUGCCCCCUGCCUGGCACCACCCAGUACAAGCGCAUGUGCCCGCAGGGGCCCGGCUACACCACCGAUGGAAAAGAUAUCGACGAGUGCCGCGUCAUCGGGAACCUGUGCCGUAACGGACAGUGCAUAAACUCCCUGGGCUCCUACAGCUGUGUGUGCAAACCGGGAUACACCACCGACCUCACUGGCACCAACUGCGUGGAUGUGGAUGAGUGCUCUCAGGCACCGAAGCCCUGCAACUUCCUGUGUAAGAACACUGAUGGCGGUUACCUGUGCUCCUGUCCCAGGGGGUACCUCCUGCAGGAGGACAGCAGGAGCUGCAGAGACCUGGAUGAAUGUUCCACCAAGCAGCACAACUGCCAGUUCCUGUGUGUCAACACCAUCGGGGGCUUCACCUGCAAGUGCCCCCCUGGCUUCACGCAGCACCACACCGCCUGCAUCGACAACAACGAGUGUGCCACGGACCCAGGCCUGUGUGGCUCCAACGGCGUGUGUCAGAACAGCCCGGGCAGCUUCAGCUGCGAGUGCCAGCGCGGUUUCUCUCUCGACCCGAACGGGCAGAAGUGCGAAGACCAGAACGAGUGUGAGGGGGAGCACCGGUGCCAACAUGGCUGCCAGAACCUGGUGGGAGGCUACCGCUGCAGCUGUCCCCAGGGCUACCUCCAGCACUACCAGUGGAACCAGUGCAUAGAUGAGAACGAGUGUCAGAAUAGCCAGGUGUGCGGAGAGGCGGCCUGCCACAACACGCUGGGCAGCUUCCGCUGCCUCUGCCCCACCGGCUUCAACUACCAGCAGGCCAACGGCGGAUGCCAGGACAUCAACGAGUGCUCCAGCUCCCACAACCCCUGCAAUUACGGCUGUUCCAACACAGAUGGGGGCUACCUGUGUGCGUGCCCCCCAGGCUACUACCGAGCGGGGCAGGGACACUGUGUAUCAGGGCUGGGCUUCAGCAGUGGAGGCGGAGCCUCUGGCCGGGAGGGAGAAGCCGACGACAACUCCCUCUCCCCCGAGGCCUGCUACGAAUGCAAGAUCAACGGCUACCCCAAGAAGGGGCGGGCACGGCGAAGUGCCAACGCGACCGACCACAGGCACCUGGGAGGCCAGCAGCGUGAAGAGGCAGCCAGCCUGGCCAGCGUGGACACACUCAGCACUAUGCUGUUCCACUUCAACCUGACUGAGCUGAACAGCAGAGACCGCCUCCUGGAGUUCAUCCCCGCGCUGUCCACCCUCACCGACCACGUCCGUUACGCCAUCAGCUUUGGCAACGAGGACGGCUUCUUCAGGAUCAACCAAAAGGACGGCAUUAGCUACCUUCACGUAACCAAGAAGAGGCUGCUUCCUGGAGCGUAUUAUUUGCACGUCACCAGCGUGCCACUGUACAACGGAGAGGAGCUGGUCCUGCUGGAAGACAAGCAUGACAGAGACUACCUCACAGGACAGCUGGGCGAUGCUCUGAAGAUGAGGGUACAGAUAGUCCUUCACUAACAGCACAAGGUAACCGCAAACAUUGCUCGUAGACCCAAGACAGGAAGGGGCUGCAUCACUUUGUUCUCAAAGACACUUCCACAUAUCAUGGAUACAACCUUUUAUGGGGCGUCUUGCGUUCACUCGAAAGCACCACUCCGUGUUUACAGAGCCGAGGGCAAACUGAGGCCUAAGAGCCGGAAAAGCUCGUUAAAUAGAGCCGUCCCUUGAAGAAACCGCUGUCUCAGGCCUCACUAGUAGUUUUCCUGCAUAAGGGUUUGUAUGAUGAUAUGUAGAAUGGUGUGAUGCGCCGUGAGGCACAUCGCAGGCAGGAAGGCACUGACGCCGAGACCCUGUGCUGCUUAGCAGAGGUUUAGCGACUUAUUAGUUCAGGAUCGAGAGAUUCGAUGUUUCUGUAACUUUGCUUUUCCAUCUUUACCUCUGAAUUAGAUCUGCAUUGUAUUAUAGUAACUGGUGCUAGUAACAUGACAUCAUAGAUUUAUGAAUGCACUGUAAUAUUUAACAAAUGCGAUAGCCAAAAAAAACAACACAAUUUUCUACUGUCUGAAGAUUUACUUUGCAACCAAAGUUGGCUCUUUUCGUUCUGUUAUAUCCAUACUACAUGUAAAUUGAGUGUGUUUAUACUGUAACCGUGACACUUUUUUAAUCAAAGAAGCCUUUUAAAACUAGGUAAAGCCCCCCACUGAAGGGUUUUCUAAUGGUGCUUUUAUUACCAACUCUUUCUGUGUAACUCUGUACUCCAUUCUGAGGACUCUUGUGAAUCUAUACAUAACAAGUCUAAUCAGUGCGUCUACUGGAAGGGACAUAUCAAGGAAUCCAUUUUCCCACUUGUGUCAAUUUCUCUCUCUCUCUCACACACACACACACACACACACACACACACACACACACACACACACACACACACACACACAAAGUUGGUCUUCCUAUCUAAAUGGGGACCGUCCAUUCAUUUCUAUGGGAAAAACCCUAAUCCCAAUCACAACACCCUUAACGACACCCAAGACUUUUGGCAUUUUUACUUUUUUGAUUAAAUUCAGAUUUUUAUUAAACUGAGGUUAUCCAAAUGGGGACCUCAAAAGAUGUCCGCAAAAGUAGGGAAAUUUCAGGUUUUACCGCACUUUGGGGACAAUUAGGUCCUCAAAUGUGAUCCAUGCAAACCCACACACAGACACAUAUUCUCUCUAUCUUGUUUCAGUGAUGGUUCAGUUUCCAUAAACUUACAAUAAAACAUUUCUUGGUUUUCAUUUGUGCCCUCACUGUGCUUUACUGUUCUGUCCACGUCAUUAACAUCAACCAAUAUCAUAAAAUAGUUCAUUAAAAAUAAUAAUAAUGAAAGGAAGUGUAACUGGUUUAGGGUGGACUGAGUUUUUCAGUUUAGAAAUGUUGCUGAUCUGUAACACUGACCAGUGGUGGAAAAUUGGUAGAUAAAUUUUAACACUCAAAGUAAAA